AUGAAAUUGGCAAAUAAACGACAACGGCGAGUGGAAAGGAGCUCAAACCUUAGGGGUUUGGCUCCUUUCUACCAAGUCUACAUCGCAAUAACAAAGAUUAAGCAGGAAGAAGGGGAAAUUGAGUGCCACCAACCUACGAGGCAGAGAUGGCCUCAGAAUGCAUGGAAUGAGAUGGAGCUUAUGGAAGCGCAGAGAAAACCAGAGGAACUUCGAACAAGAGCUGGAAUACACACAUAA